CUCUCUCUAUAUCAAAAUGGCAGCGCCUCUUCCCCUCCGCCGCUCCUCCUCCUCCUACCCGGGGGCGCCUCUCCCCCUCCCCGGCAGCGCUGCUCCAUCUCCCCCUCUUCCUCCUGACCGUCCUUCCCCUCCCCUCUCUCUCGCCUCCCUCGUGCGACGGAUCUGACGACGCAACGGCGGCGCCGGCGGCGACCGCGGGUGGAUCUGGCCAUGGUGGUGGCAGCCAAGGACAGAUCCGGCGGUGGCGGUGGCUCCCUCCGACCCCUCUCGCCUCCCGCGGCAGAUCAGACGGUGGUGGUGGUGGCGGCGUCGGCGGCGAUCGUAUGUGCAUCUAGCAGUGGUCCGGUGCAGCAGCGGAUUCGGUGGCUGCUGCUCCCCCUCCCUGGUGUGGCGAUGCGGCCGGGAGCGGCGGCGGGCUUAGGAGCCGGCGUGACGGAAGGCGGCAAUGUCGACGACAACAACAACAACGACGACGAUGACCAUGAGGAGGGCGGCCGAGGGAGGUGGCUAGGGUUAGGGUUUGGAUUUUAUUUUUGAUUUGGGAUAUUGAUUUUAUGGGGAUUCUUGAUUUUGAUUUGGGAUUGCAAUUGAGUGAUUUCGAUUGGGGGCAAAGGGGUUGGGAGCAAUCAGCUGAUUUGCUCGGGGAUAUAUUUUAAAGAUAGACUCGGACUCAAACGAUGACGACGGACGAAGCGGACGAUUGGAAGCCUUACGUAUUUUCUUACCUAUUUUUUAAGUAGGUAUAGAUUUAUCGCCCUUUUUACGGACUUUUUUUUCUCCGCGUCAAAUUAAAUCGGACUUUUUUAAAAAAAAAAUUGCCUUUUUUGUUAUUACGGAUGACAAAACGUUUUCAUUUUUUUUAUGGAAUCGGACAUCCAUUUUUUUAAUGUUGCGCGGACCUUUUUUUUUCACUAACCCCUUUUUUUUAUACCGGUUUAUACGGACUUAUUAUAAUCGGACAGAAACCUUUUUGUUGGCACUAUUUGUUUCCUUUUUUCUGGGAAGACGGAAACUAUUUUUUCGCGCGUGUUUUUCCUUUUUCCGGUACGGACGACGGAACCUUUUCCCACUAACUUUUUUUGAACGACCGGUUUAUGCGGGCGUUUUUUUAAUCGGUCAUAAACUUUAUUUCGCACUUUUUUUUUGUUUUUUUACGGAAGACGGAAACUUUUUUUCGUGAGUUUUUUUAGGGACGAUGGAAAUUUCUUUUAUAUUUUUUAAGUAUAUAAGUAGAGACAGAUAGGUAUAGAUUUUGAAGCGCUAUUUUUAGUUAACACGUUUUUUAAACUGUUAAAUGAAACGGAUUUUUUAAAGAUCUAUAUAGAAGUUGUUUAAAAAUUUCAAAUAAAUCAAUUUUUUAAGGUUAUAAUUAUUCAUGCUAGCUUAAUUAAUUAUUAAUUAAUCAUGUGCUAAUUACAUGCCUUAAAAAUCUGACUUCAAGACUGCCAAUCGAAGGCAACCUGAAUCGGAUGUUUUUUCCUUUCUUUUUACGGAUGAGAAGUUAGUCGGACGCUUUUUUUUUUCUUUUUUUAGGAGUCGGUCUUUUUUUUCAUUUUUUUAUGACAUAAGUUUCUUUCUCGCUCUUUUUUCUUUUAGUUUUCACGGACCAGAAACGAGUAUUAAUUUUUCAGUAGUAGCAGUAGAUUAACAUACGCGCAAAACAUUAUUCACCAAUUAGUAUGUUCGCCUGGCUGUCAUGUUGCACGCCACAAUUGGAAAUAGAAGCCGGUCUCUUACAUCAUAUUUACAUAGUAUUCCUACUCUUACUCCCAUAAAUUUCCUCCAAAUUGAAUUCCAAUCAAACAGCCGUCUCAUGCCCUCCCCUCAAAUAUGCCGCCCUCACCACACCACGCGCGAGCACCGCCGCGACUGAUCACGACUCGGCUAGCUCUCUCUAUCUCGCCGACUAAUUAAUCCUCUCUCCUUCUCCUGAUUAACUACAAUUCUGACCAACUAAUUCCCCCGCCAUGGCAGAACUACCACCGGAAGGCCGCGGCGGCGGUGGCAACAACAAUGGGAAGUGGAAGGGGAAGGAAAAGGUGGUGCCCGAGUACGGCAAGAACCGGCACGGCAUGUCCGUCGGCUGGUACUUCGUCCCCAAGGAUCUGGAGCUCUUUGCCAUCCUCAAGUGCAAGCUCGUCCGCGGCCAGCUCCCCGGCGCCCUCAACAACGUCUUCGAGCAUAUCAGGAUCCUCGAAUUCCACCCCGCCCUCCUGCAUGAGAUGUACAUCAAGAACGAGGAGGAUGGGUACAUCUACUUCUUCAGCAAGAGGCAGUUCACGACGAAGGCAGGGAACAAGAGGCGGCCGACGCGGGUGACAAAGGGCGGGACGUGGAAGGCGUCUGGCGGGAGCAAGACAGUGAGGAGCAAGAAGGUCGGCGGCAUCGACGUUGGCCAGAAGCUCACCAUGGUGUUCUACGAGCGCAGGUUUGAGGGUGACCGGAACCCCAUCAAGACCAAUUGGGGCAUGCAUGAGUUCACCAAGAUCAUUGAUGGCACCAAAAACCAGCUUGAGGACCUUGCCGUGUACCGCCUGUACAAGAUCAAAAGGAAGGAGGACGAAGAACCGUCGAACACUGCCGCCGCGGCGUCGAGCACCGACGAGCCCUCCACGUCGUCGGCAUUGCCACCUCCUACGCCACCGCGGCCAUUGCCGGACAUGGCCGGACCGUCGUCAGCAACGCCGCUACUGCCACUGCAAUUGCCGGGCCUGGCCGGGUCGUCGUCUGCGAUGUCGCUGCCUGCACUGCAGCUGCCGGGCAUGGCCGGGUCGUCGUCGGCGAUGCCGCUACCGCCACUAUCGUUGCCGGGCCUGGCUGGAGGGAUGAUGUCCAUGGCGGACCAGGCGAACAUGGCCUCGACGUCGCAGGCGUCCACACCGUCGUCGGAGCUCCUGCAAGACUGGUACGACGAGUUCGAGAUCACGUACGGCGCCGUGGCUCCGCCGUCUCCUAGCACGAUCAGCUGGGUGGCGCCGCAGAGCUCGCCGACGGGGUGGUGGCCGUCGCCGAACGGCGGGCCGGUGCAGCACGACGGCUACCUCGGGAUGGCAGCGGAUCCAACGUCGUACAUGCUGGAAAACCUGUUGCCCACCGCGGCGAUCCCGCCGGAGCCGAUGAUGCCGCCGACGAGCUCGCCGGCGCCACCACCAGCCGUCGACCACCACCACCGGCUCUCGCCUCCGCAUGACGCCGCCGGCAGCAACUACAACCACCCGGAGCUCGCCGACUACAACGGCGGCGUCCAGGCGCAGCACGAGCAUCAGUAUCACCCACAGGAGCCGCAGGCAUCGCUGGUGGAUGCCGAGGACGGCUACAGCGCCAUGGCCGGUGGCGACGACGCGCAGCUGGGCGGCGCGGAGCUUGACACCGAACGAAUCGCCGAAAUGGUAAACCAUAUAAUGGAUGGCGAAUUCGAGUUCAAAUUCGAGGACAACACCGUCCUUAAGUACAACGAAGUCUUUCCUGACAAUGAUGAGGUGGUGGCGGCGCCGAUGAUGAUCGACGGUGGUAGGGAUGGCGAUGGCGCAGAUGGAGGUGAUGGAGACGACCCAUUCGACAAUUAGGGCCCUGUUUGGAAAACCGUUGGAAUUUCCAGUUUCCCAGGCUGUAAAUUCUUUAUCUUCAAAUUUUACUCGAUUUUGUAAGUUAAUGUUUAUAUUUACUUUGCUCUAUGUUUUUAGUUUA